UUGUGUCUCGAGGGAGGAGCGGCAGUCGAGUGUCGAGGCGCAGUUGGAAGCUGACCGCCAGCCGUGUCGGAAGCGCCUGCAGCCACCAUGCCCGAGGCGACCGCCACCGCAGCUGCUCCACCGCAAGCUCCACCUGCAGCACCUGCAGAGGCACCUGCCCUGGAGCGUACAGACACCCCUGGGUCAACUGAUGGCUCCAAGCCGCUCGCCCUGCAGAGGACGGACACUCCGGACAUGACAGAGCCCACGUCGGGUCCUCCCGUGGAGGAGAACAAACCCAGCACGGGCAUCUUCCUCGAGGUGCCCAAGACGGGCAGCGUGGCCGUGGGGGCUGACAUCAUCUUCGUGGCCAAGGUGUCUGGAGAAGGAGUCGGGAAGAAGCCGGUGGUGAAGUGGUUCAAGGGCAAGUGGCUGGACCUGGCGAGCAAGGCCGGGAAGCACCUCCAGUUCAAGGAGAAUUACGACAGGAACUCAAAGAUCUACUCGUACGAGAUGAGAAUCAUCAAGGCGAAGGAGAGCUACGCGGGCAGCUACCGCUGCGAGGUGUCGGUGCGCGACAAAGCGGACACGGCCUACUUCGACCUCACCGUGGAAGCUCCUGCCGAGUCCGCAAUCGAUCUGAGAGCCGCGUUCAGAAGAUCGAGCGGGGGUGAGGAUGCGGGAGAGUUGGAUUUCAGUGGCCUACUGAAGAAAGGGAAGGCGAAGGGUCCCGAGCAGCAGGAGCCCGACGUGGACGUGUGGGAGCUGCUGAAGAACGCGAAGCCAUCGGAGUUCGAGAAGAUCGCCUUCCAGUAUGGCAUCACCGACCUGCGCGGCCUCCUGCGGCGCCUCAAGCGGAUGAAGCGCGAGGUUCAGAAGAGCCCAGAGAAAUUCGCUUUCAAGAAGAAGUUGGAGCCCACCUAUCAGGUGGACAAGGGUGGCAAGGUACGCAUGGUGGUGGAGCUCGAGGACCCCAACUCGGAGCACAAGUGGUACAAGAAUGGCAAGGAGAUUCGUCCUAGCGGGAAAUACAUCAUGGAGUCGAAGGGGCUGGAGCGCAUCCUCGUCAUCAGCAACUGCAACGUGAACGACGACGCGGCGUACUCCAUCGAGGUCGGGGACGAGAAGUCGUGCACGGAGCUCUUCGUGAGAGAGCCCCCCGUGACCAUCACGAAGCACCUGGAGGACAAGAACGUGCUGGCGGGGGAGCGUGUUGAGCUGGAGUGCGAGGUGUCCGAGGACGACGCGCAGGUCAUCUGGAAGAAGGACGGGCAGGAGAUUUCGUUCGAGCGCUUCAAGUUCAAGUACCGCUUGAAGCAGGAGGGCAAGAAGCACACCCUGAUCAUCACCGAGCCCUCGCUCGAGGACAUCGGCACCUACACCAUCACGGCCAACGGCGGGGAGUCGAAGGCCAAGCUCGUCGUCGAGGAGAGGCAGAUCCACAUCCUGCACGACCUCUCCAACGUGACGCUGAAGCCCGGCGAGAACGCCGAGUUCAUCCUCGAGGUGUCGGAGGACGUCCAGGGGAAGUGGUACCGUGACGGCGUCGAGGUGAAGCCCGACAAGCGCAUCAAGGUGGUGAAGGAUGGCAAGACCCACAAGCUUCUGAUCGAGAAGUGUGGCGUGGAGGACGAGGGCCUCUACAAGUUCGUGCCCUCCGGGUUCGACGUCUCGCUUCAGAGCAAGCUGCACAUCAUGCAGGCUCCCAAGAUGGAGUUGGACAUGGACAAGAAGACUGGAGACAACACCAUUGUGGUGGUGGCAGGGAACAAGCUGCGAGUGGAGCUGCACGUGACGGGAGACCCCGCACCCAUGGUGGCCGGGAACAAGGGGGAGAGGACGAUCCCCCCCACGACGGGCCGCGUGCACAUGGAGAAGGACUCCCUGGUGCUGGAGGUGGCGGAGCGCGGGGACACGGGGCGCUACACCAUCACGGCACAGAACGCGGCAGGAACCUGCACCAUGCAUGUCAACAUCAAGGUGGUGGACAUUCCAGACCCGCCCGAGUCUCCUGCCAUCAUCAGCAUCGGCGAAGAUUCGUGCGUGACCACGUGGAAGGCACCGCUGUACGACGGCGGGGAGCCCAUCCUGGGCUACGUGAUCGAGCGCAAGAAGAAGCAGAGCCAGCGCUGGAUGCGUCUCAACUUCGACGUGUGGAAGGAGCUGACCUACGAGGCCAAGGCCAUGAUGGAGGGGGUCCCCUACGAGAUGCGGAUCUGCGCCGUCAACGCCAUUGGCAUGUCGCUGCCCAGCGAGCCCUCCAAGCCCUUCGUGCCGCUCGCUCCCACCAGCGAGCCCUCGCACCUCAUCGCCGACGACAUCACGGACAACAGCAUCUGCCUCAAGUGGAAGCAGCCAGAGAGGAUCGGAGCGGCCGGCCUGGACGGCUACCGCAUUGAGUACUGUGCAGAGGGAUCCACGGACUGGGUGAAGGUGAACCCGGACAAGCUGAUCGAUGACACGUCGUACGUGGUGCGUGACCUCCCCAAGGACGCGAAGCUCUUCUUCCGCGUCAUCGCCGUCAACGCGGCCGGCGACAGCCAGCCCUGCACCACCUCGCAGGCCAUCACCAUCCGCGAGCUCGUGUUCCCACCUAAGAUCAUGGUGCCCAGACAUCUCCGGCAGAAUUACAUCAAGAAAGUUGGAGAGACGGUCAACAUCGUCGUGCCGUUCCAUGGCAAGCCGAGGCCCAAGGUCACGUGGCUCAAGGACGGCCAGGUGCCCGACGUGAAGCAGGUGAACAUCCGCAACAGCGACAACGACUCCAUCCUCUUCAUCCGCAAGUCGCUGCGCAGCGAUUCGGGGAUCUACGUCCUCACCGUGCAGGUGGAGGACAUCGUGGAGACGGCCAACAUCACCGUGCAGAUCGUCGAGAAGCCGGGCCCGCCGGUGAGCGUGCGCAUCGUGGAGGUGUGGGAGUGCAGCGCCGCCAUUGAGUGGGUCGCUCCACGCGACAGCGGCAACUGCGAGAUCACCGGCUACACCGUGCAGAAGGCCGACAAGAAGACCAUGGAGUGGUUCACGGUGUACGAGCACUACCGCCGGGUGCACUGCACCGUCUCCGACCUGGUGGUGGGUAACGAAUACUACUUCCGCGUCUUCGCCGAGAACAUGUGUGGCCCCAGCAACGACGCCACGCGCAGCAAGGACAGCGCUCGGAUCCCCAAAGCUGGCAUUGUGUACCGCCCGCCCGAGUACAAGGAGCACGACUUCCUGGAGGCGCCGCAGUUCACCCACCCACUCGUCGACCUGUGCGCCAUCUCCGGCUACAACGCCACGCUCAGCUGCUGCGUCAGAGCCUUCCCCAAGCCCAAGAUCAGGUGGACGAAGAACAAAGUGGAAAUCCGCGACGACCCCAAGUACCGCAUGUUCAGCAACCAGGGCGUGUGCACGCUGGAGGUGCGCAAGCCGGGCCCGUACGACGGCGGCGUCUACUGCUGCCUCGCCGAGAACUCCCUGGGCGAUGCCAUGGUCGACUGCAAGUUCGAGUGCAAAGGCAAUCUGAGCAUCCUGGACAUGCUGCUGCAGGGGGUGCCUCCAAACCUCAUCCAGAACAUCCUGGACAAGACAGCCAGCGAGGAGCAGGCGGCGGCUAACAACAACAACAACAAACAGCAGCAGCAGCAGCAGCAGCGACCAACAAACUAAGCCCCAAAAGCCAUCAGUGCCACCGGCAGCAGUGGCCCGGUACGAGUGAAACGCGUCCAUGGGGGGGGGGGGGGGGGGGUGUCACGUU